CAAAUGGUCAACACGUCACCUCAUCGUGUGUGUUGUCAAAUUUGUGGAAGCCUAUCCUAAAAUAUUUUGGUGUUUUUUAUGAAAAUUAGAUAUAAGAAUAAAAAAACAAGAUGGUACUUAUAGCCGCUACAGUUUGUACGAAGUCAGGCAAAGCUCUGGUGUCUCGUCAGUUCGUCGAAAUGACAAAAGCUCGCAUCGAAGGUCUACUGGCAGCCUUCCCUAAACUAAUGACAGGAGGACGGCAGCAUACAUUUGUUGAAACAGAGUCCGUCAGAUAUGUCUACCAGCCACUAGACAAGUUGUAUAUGUUACUGAUCACGACAAAGGCUAGUAACAUCCUGGAAGAUUUGGAGACAUUGAGACUCUUCAGCAGAGUGGUACCAGAAUAUUGUGUACAGCUCACAGAAACUGAAGUCUUGAACCAGGCCUUCAACUUGCUAUUUGCGUUCGACGAGAUUGUCGCUCUUGGGUACAGAGAAAGCGUCAAUCUAGCGCAGGUCCGUUCGUUUGUUGAAAUGGACUCUCACGAGGAAAAGAUUUAUCAAGCCGUAAGGCAGACUCAAGAACGCGAGGCGGCAAACCGCAUGCGCGAACGCGCUAAGGAGUUGCAGCGCGAGAGAUUGGAAGCGGCCAAACGUGGCCAGCCGCCGCGCUCACAGAUGUCCUUCGGCAGUGGCUUUGGUAGCUCGACGAUGUCCUCGUCGUCUCCAUCUGAAUCUAUUGCCGAGAAGAUUCCAACGACACCGGCCAGAGAUACUCGUACAGUGGGUCGUUCUGCCAUGAAGCUCGGCAGCCGCGGCACGGACGCGGACUCGUUCGUGUCCCGACUGCGCAGCGAGGGUGACGUCACGGCGCCCGUAGCGUCGCCGGCGCAACACGACGCCGGCAAACCCGUGCCCGCCGAUCACAAGGACACUAAUGGGUAUAAUUGUGCAACUGGAGGUUUGCUGACGCUACGCAUUAGCAACGAGCAAUUCGGUCGCAUACACGUGCACGUCGACAACAAAGAUUCCAGACCGUUACAGUUGCAGACCCAUCCGAACGUGGACAAGGAAGCGUUCCGCUCGACCGGCGUGAUUGGGCUGAAACAGGCUCAACGCCCCUUCCCGAUGCACAGCGACGUCGGAGUCCUCAAGUGGAGGCUGGCCACUACCAACGAUGACAAGCUGGCUCCGCUUUCCGUAAACUGUUGGCCGUCCGAAGGCGUCAACGGAGGAUGUGACGUCAAUAUCGAAUACGAGCUGGAGCAGGAUCACCUGGUGUUGACAGAUGUCAAUAUCACCAUACCGCUUCCUUCUGGCAACACUUCGGUCGUGGUGCACCAGUGGGAGGGCAGCUACACGCAGAAGGGACGCAACCUCAUCUGGAGUAUUCCGCUCGUGAGCAAACAACAGAAAACCGGGAGUCUUGAGUUCACCGUCACUCCGUCUAUACCCAACGACUUCUUCCCGCUCUCCGUGACGUGGACAUCGGAAACUUCACUUGCAUUAUUGACAGCUGUCAAAGUGACGCAAGCGGAAGACGGGUCGCCCGUUGACUUCUCGCAAGAGAUCAGUUUCCACGCAGACAAAUACGAGUUUGUUUAAACAAAUUAUUAGUUGUUUUAUUUUCUUUUUCGUAUAAUGGGCAACAUUAUGUGAAUUUAUUUUUAAUGAUUAAAAAAAACCCUGUAUUAUUU